UUCGUCGGAGUGCUUUAUUCUCACUGAAUUUCAGGUCUGUGAGUGUUGGAUUAUCCUCGAUCUCGCUCUGUUAAAGUGUCGAAGAUCGAAGAUUUGAAGAAAUCAGACAGAAACUCGUAGGUAUUGCGAGGGGGAGAUGACGACAAUACGUAGAUUUUGCUGUAACGAUCUUCUACGGUUUGCCUCCGUGAAUUUCGACCACCUCACAGAGACUUUCAAUAUGUCCUUCUACAUGACUUACUUAGCUCGAUGGCCUGACUAUUUCCAUGUGGCUGAAGGUCCUGGCAACCGUGUCAUGGGUUAUAUUAUGGGGAAAGUCGAAGGGCAAGGUGAAUCCUGGCAUGGCCAUGUAACAGCUGUCACUGUUUCUCCAGAAUAUCGCAGGCAGCAACUCGCCAAGAAAUUGAUGAACCUUCUGGAAGAGAUCAGUGAUAAGAUCGAUAAGGCAUAUUUCGUAGAUCUUUUUGUGAGGGCUUCCAACACACCAGCCAUUAAGAUGUAUGAAAAGCUAGGGUAUGUGAUUUAUAGGCGGGUUUUACGGUAUUACUCGGGAGAGGAGGACGGGCUAGAUAUGAGGAAGGCAUUGUCGAGGGACGUGGAGAAGAAGUCGGUCAUUCCCUUGAAACGGCCAAUCACACCUGAUGAAUUGGAGUAUGAUUAGAGGAAGAAGCUAUAAUAUAAUGGAUGAUUUCCUCAAAAGAUUUGUUCCAUUUUUCUUGCUGUUAGAUUUUGAUUCCCAGUUGUUGGAUUCUUGUUAGUUGUUAUCCUUCUCAUAGAUAAUAUGAUGUUCUCCCUCUCUA